CACUAGUUGGUCUUUGCUGUCUUUGCCCUUACUCCCUUUCCCAAUCUGACCACUGAACCCCUUUUCACUUUAAUUAUACAUUUAUUAUUUCGACUAUACAAUUUGUCUUUCUUCUCCAUGUCAUUUAAGCACCAUUUUCUAUAUCUUUUAUUGCUACCCCUUUAUUGGUUUGCUCUUGUUGUUAAGGCAAUAAAGGAGCAACCUUUUUCAAGAUUGUAGAUUGGUUUUGUGUGUACUGAAUAUAUGAAUGUUCUUUAGGGUGAAUUCUUGAUUUGUUUUCAAGAUUGAGUCUUUUUGCUGUUCAGGAGAGAAGUGACAACUGGGGUCUAUUCAGAAGUGAAGCAAAGUUCGGUUCUUGGAUUUGAUUUUGGUCAAGUUUAUGGAUGCUGACUUAGAAGGUUUAUUGGAAAAGCUUAAACUCUGGAGUUCUUGUUAUUACUUUUAAGGUAAGUGAUUUGUAAUUGAGAUUGAUUCAUGAUUGGAGUGCGACAAUGGAGAGGUUUAUGGCCAGCUUUUUUGUUUCUUUAGUACUAUUAAGUAUUGUGGUUUAGUGAAUAGUGAAUUCAACAUGAAAAAUUUUCUCAAGAAACUGCAUAUUGGGUCCAAUCAAUCAGAAGAUUCAGAAGGGUCAACAUCAUCCUCAAAGAGCAAGAGACUGAGUGAUGUUUCAUCUCCUGAAAGGCAUUCAAACUCUAGAAAUUCUCAGGGGUCUGAUAAUAAACCUUUUUCAGCAAUUUCAGGAUGGUUAAAUUCAGUUACAAAUCGGAAAAGUCCUAGUCCUCCGUCUUCCUCGAAUGUGAGUAGAGGGAACAGAAUGGAACAUUCUGACUCUGUGACUAUUGGUGAAUUGGAUGCUGCUUUAGAUGCUGUACAGCGUGAUUCGGAGUCUAGCAACUCCAGGGAUCCCGGUGUAGAGGAAGAGUAUCAAAUUCAGUUGGCUCUGGAGUUGAGUGCGAAGGAAGACCCCGAGGCGGUGCAGAUUGAGGCUGUUAAGCAGAUCAGUUUAGGCUCUUCUGCCCCAGAGAAUGCUCCAGCAGAAGUUGUAGCAUAUCGGUAUUGGAAUUACAAUGCUCUAAGCUAUGAUGACAAGAUCCUGGAUGGAUUUUAUGAUCUGUAUGGCGUCUUGAUGGAGUCCAAUUCUUCAAAAAUGCCAUCCCUCAUUGAUCUGCAAAGAACAGAAGUAUCAGAUCAUAUCAGUUGGGAAGCCGUCCUUGUCAGUAAAGCUGCAGACUCCAAGUUGUUGAAACUUGAACAGAGAGCUCUAGAGAUUGCUGUUGGGCUGAGGUCACAACUUAUAGAUUUUUCAGACAGCAGUUUGAUGCAGAAGCUUGCUGUGCUCGUUUCUGACCACAUGGGAGGCCCAGUUGUGGAUCCGGACAGCAUGUUGCUUGCAUGGAGAAGUCUUAGUUUUAAUCUAAAGGCAAAUCUAGGGAGUAUGGUUUUGCCUCUUGGUUCUUUGACCAUUGGAUUGGCUCGUCAUCGUGCACUGUUAUUCAAGGUUUUGGCUGAUAGUGUGGGGAUCCCUUGCCGAUUAGUAAAAGGAAAGCAGUAUACAGGUUCAGAUGAUGUUGCAAUGAACUAUGUGAAGAUUGAUGGAAGGGAGUAUAUUGUCGAUUUGAUGGCUGACCCCGGUACACUUAUUCCAUCUGAUACAUCUGGAAUUCAUGGAGACUAUGAAGAAUCUAUUCUCUCCAUCAGUCCGUCCUCUAAAGAUGUUGAUUCUCAUCCGGGUUCCUCUAGUAGUGGUAUUGCUUCAUCAUUGGAAGAUCAUUCAGAUUAUGGAAUGGCAGACAAGAGAUCCAGGUUUGCAGAAAGCACUACUGCAGGAAAUGAAUCUCCCUCUUCUAGUAAUUUGGAACAGCAGAUAAAAGCAGAGAAAGGAUGUUAUAAUACUUUCCACGAUUUUACGAAGGCGCAGGGGCAAGAAACUUCUUCGAGAGCUGGGCAUGCAAGAUCUCCUUUUUCACAUGCAAGAUCUCCUUCGUGGACAGAAGGUGUUAGCUCGCCUGCUGUACGCAGAAUGAAAGUAAAGGAUGCUUCACAAUACAUGAUUGAUGCCGCCAAAGAAAAUCCACAGCUAGCUCAAAAACUUCACACUGUUUUACUUGAAAGUGGAGUUAUUGCACCACCAAACCUGUUCGCUGAAAUGUAUCCGGAGCAAUUAGAUGUAUCUCAUGUAGAGGGAAAAUACAGACUAGAGGAAAUAGAAAGUAAGGAAAGAGACGAGUUCCAGUUCAAGGGUCAAUCCGAUGCAAACCGUGCCCGCUUCUUACCUCCUCUGCCUUAUCAUGGUUCAUACUCCAAGGGCAAUGCACGUGGAUCAUUCGAACCUCAGCCAGAUGUGAGAGAAGUUGGGGAACAGCAAGUCUCCAGACAGACUGAAGUAGCUCCGUUGAAACCUAUGAAACAAAUGCCUGUUGCUGCUGCCGCCGCCGCAGCAGCAGCUGUUGUUGCCUCUUCGAUGGUAGUUGCUGCAGCCAAGACUAACUCUCAUACGGAUCUCCCUGUAGCAGCUGCUGCCACUGCCACAGCUGCAGCAGUGGUAGCAACAACUGCAGCUGUCAGUAGGCAAUACGAGGCACUAGGAGAUUGUGGAAGAGUUGAUGGAGAUGCUGAUACUGCCAUUUAUGAGCACCAGCGAAGUGGUGAUCAAGAGCAUGAGGCGCUAGGAGCAAAUUCAGAGGGUGAAAGAAUAUCAGAUAGGUCAAGCGGUAAUGAUAGCGCUAAAUCAGAUGUGACACUUGAUGAUGUGGCAGAUUGUGAGAUUCCAUGGGAGGAUAUCACCUUGGGUGAGCGUAUCGGACUUGGAUCCUAUGGAGAGGUCUAUCGCGGAGACUGGCAUGGAACUGAAGUUGCUGUGAAGAAGUUUCUGGAUCAAGAUAUAACCGGUGACUCCCUCGAAGAAUUUAGAAGUGAGGUGCGGAUCAUGAAAAGGCUCAGGCAUCCUAAUGUUGUUUUAUUCAUGGGGGCUGUCACUCGUUCUCCACAUCUUUCAAUUGUUACUGAGUUUCUUCAUAGAGGUAGUUUAUACAGAUUAAUCCAUCGACCCAACAAUCAGUUAGAUGAGCGCAGAAGGUUGAGGAUGGCUCUUGAUGCUGCUCGAGGGAUGAACUAUCUACACAACUGCACACCCAUGAUAGUUCAUCGAGAUUUGAAGUCUCCAAAUCUCCUAGUAGAUAAGAACUGGGUUGUGAAGGUAUGUGAUUUUGGACUGUCAAGAAUGAAGAACAGCACAUUUCUUUCAUCCAGGUCGACUGCUGGGACGGCAGAGUGGAUGGCCCCAGAAGUGCUGAGAAAUGAACCUUCCAAUGAAAAAUGUGAUGUAUAUAGCUUCGGUGUCAUACUAUGGGAGCUCUGUACUUUGCAGCAACCAUGGGGAGGAAUGAACCCGAUGCAAGUUGUUGGUGCUGUGGGAUUUCAGCACCGACGUCUUGACAUACCAGAGGACAUGGAUCCGGCUGUUGCAGACAUUAUCAGGAAAUGCUGGCAAACAGAUCCGAGGUUACGGCCUUCAUUUGCUGAGAUUAUGGCUGCUUUGAAACCACUACAAAAGCCUAUUAGUUCACAGGCACCAAGACCACCGGCUGGCAGAGGUCCGAUAAAGGGUCAGCCAUCGCGAAUCGUAGAAGAUCCAACUGCAGAUCAGGGUUAGUGAAGGAGGAAAGGGGAGUAUCUCUUGUUAGAAAGGAUGACAAGUGUAAAUUUGUGCACAAGAAACUAAAGGAAGGCAUCAAAAGAUCCUGACAAACACAUACUUCAUAUUGAGCCAAUGGUGAUUCUUUUGUUUCAUCUUUUUAGUAUUUUUGGCAGUGUUCCCCAGUCCUGAAAAUUGUCUAUCUGCCCUUUGUAUAUUCAUCUUGAAAUUCUCUUUUGUAAUUAAAAAGGAAAUUGUUGCUUAACAGAAGCUCAUACUCUCCUCUU